UAGCACCAGGACCACCGAUGUGGGGGCAGGGGACAGGACCUAAUGGCUGAAUCAUUCACAUGUGGAGGUGAAAGAAGAGUCCCGAGGAGAUUUAACAGCCAAGAUCGACAUGGUGGGCACGACCGGCUCCAUAUCCAUCAACGCCGGGAUCCUCCGCACCAACCUGACCGGCACAUGUGGCCCUGUCAUUGUCUCCAUACAUUACUUCCCUGUGUUGUAUGGAGCCUCGUGGGACCCAUGUACUGAGGAGCUCAUUGGUCAGGCUCUUUACAAUGUCACCAUAAAUGAAGUAGGACAAACGGUGGUUGACAGUAAAAUGAGAUAUGACGGGCGGUCGCUGGUUCUCCAGACCUGUGGCCAUAGGACAUGUGUAAAUUUGCAGGACAGUUCUCAGCGGGUGUGGCAGGCCAAGUUCCAAUCCUUCAUCAUCGGGCAGGCGUACUUUGUGCAGUCACUGCUUCAGAACCUGCUCCUCUGUGUUCUGGACCUGGCAAUACUUGAAGAACUUCCGACAUCCAGCGCCUCCCUGCUGCUCUCCAGCUCCUGUCGCCUCGAUGAUGCUCACCAGUUCGGCAGCAUUGAACUUGGAAGCAGCCACAAGUUGGUCAAGAGUCGGGUUGAGUUGAGCAAUGUCACUAUAAGGGAAUAUCUUCUGGUAAAGUACAAUGAGAGGUGGGUGUGUGUGGAGCUGAAGACCAUAACUCCUAGAGAGGCAGCUGCGGCAAUCAGCAUGCACGGAGUCAGUGGAAGGUUUACAUUCAGACAAGAGUCUCCCUUUCACCCAACUCGAAUGACUAUUAACCUAUGGCAGCUUCGAGGGCGUGCAGGCCACUAUGGAAUUCACUCUCUGCCCAUUCUUCCACGACAGGAGUCCGGGCAGGACGUGUGCACUGCAGCAAACACAGGGAAGCAGUGGGAUCCCUUAGAUGUCAGCAGUCAUUCUACAACUGUUCGGAGUGGUCACAGCUCUUGGCCGGCAGGUGACCUGAGUGGACGUCAUGGCACACUUCAUGGUUUGAAGAACUUUACAGCCAUGCUGAUUGACUGGAACUUACCAAUGUUUGGUAAUAAUAGCAUUGUUGGCCGCUCUGUAGUCAUAUAUGAGAGCGGCGGAUCAGCAUGGGUCUGCAGCACUAUAUGCCUGGAAGGAGAUGCCAUCAGAGCUACUGCAGUCUUCCGGAAAGGGGUGGUUGGUAGAAUCAUGUUCUGGCAGGCACAGAACGAUCCAUACAGUGACCUGACCAUAUACGUGGAGCUGAGCCAUGGUUCAGGUAGUGCUAGUGGGGGUCACAACUGGCACAUUCAUAGAGUUCCCCUCCAAGAUUCAGAGAGCUGCACCAAAGCUGGGGGACACUACAACCCGUUUAAUGUGCCUGUCAAUGGCAAUUAUAGUGAUGAGUGCAGGUCAACGCGUCCUCUAUGGUGUGAGGCUGGAGACUAUGCCUCCAAACACCAUCCUAUCGCCUUCACACCUAGCCCUACCAGAUAUCUCAUUACUGAUACUUCCACAUCACUCACUGGGCCAUAUUCUAUCAUCGGCCGCUCGUUGGUCAUCCAUGGAGAAGAUGGGGCCUCCACACGGGUGGCCUGUACCAACAUCCUCCUUCAUCACUGCACAGAAGGAAGGACCACUUCUUGGUUUGGUUUUGGCAAUGCUUAUGGGAUGUUGCGCGCCUCACAGGCAACUGACCUGGACCCUACAUUGGUUCACUUCACUAUCCAUGGACUGGGGGGCCAUGCAGGGGGGUUACACAUUCAUGUUCUUCCAGUGAGUGAAACAUCAGACAAUGCCUGCUCAAACGUUCAGAUUAAAGGUCACUUUAACCCUUUCAGCAUUGAGGCCUCCACAUCUCCAGCAGCAGGAAGCGGCACAGAUGACAACUAUGAGGUGGGGGACAUCAGUGGUCGCCAGGGGUCUUUACUCAACCAAGACAAUGUGACCAAACAAUACACGGACAUGAACUUUCCAUUGUCUGGGACACAUGGAGUCCUUGGUCGAUCACUGGUGAUUCACUAUGCGAACGGCUCAAGAAUGCAGUGCGCCAGUCUCCUGCAGGAUUUGCCCGCAGAUGCAGAAUGGGUUCGAGCUUCUGCAGAGUUCUCUGGAAACAUCAGUGGGAGAAUCUGGCUGAGUCAGAUCGUGUACCCAGAUGGUGGGUCUGGUGACACAACCAUGUUGGUGGAUCUUCACUCAUCCUCCUCAGCCACGGGAAAGACUAUUGAAUGGCACAUCCGUACAGAGGAGCAUGGAGAAACCUACAAUCCAUAUGACAUUUCCGGGCAGACAGGAGGCUGGUGCACAAUGCAGAGUCCGCAGCUCUGUAGAGUCGGGGACCUGAAGGGGAAGCAUGGACGGCUGGUUCCAGGAAACAAGGUGUUGGUGACAGACCCCAACCUGCCCCUGGCCGGAGAUGUCACAGUAAUAGGAAGGAGCCUGACGGUCACAUUGGACUCCCUGGAGCUGUCGUCUCCCAUCCUCCCUGAUGUCCCCAUCACAUCUCUGUAUUUGCAGCGGAUGACAUCAUUUAAUAGAUCAGCCUUCCGUGAAGCCUUGUCUCUGAUCCUGAACGUCACCCCCUGGAGAGUUACAUUUUUACCUGACAGUAAGGACAGCGUUACAGUGUGUCAGCGCGUGGGCUUCUUCAUCAUAGGGUUCAAUGACACAGGAGCCCUGUCCUCAAUACACACCCAAGAAUCACUGGGGCCGCCAUGCCCAUCUCCGUCAGGGUCAUUGGCAUCCAGCGCUGGUAGGGACCUGAGAACAAUGGGGGCCAUCCUGAUUAUGGAGUCUCUGCUCCUCCUCCUGUGGUGACCCCUGCCCAUCUCCUGUUAUCUGCUCCUUGUGGUUUAUGAUGCUCGUCUAGAUCCUCGCCCCUCGCUGAUUCACCCAACUCACUA